CAAAACACUUCACAAUGUCACAGCAGAAUUCUCAUGAGGAGACUGGGAGUGAGAAUAGGAUAGACAACAGCCAGGAGAAAUCCAAAGAUAAACUAGUUGAAUUGGAUCAAGGGAAUUCAUCUGACAACCAAAAAAAAAAAGAUGAAGAACAAGAAUAUGUGAGGGUGACUAUGUCUGAAAUACGCAAGAAUGUUGAGUGUCCUAUCUGCCUUGGCAUCAUUCGAAAAACAAGAACUUCAAUGGAAUGCAUGCAUCGCUUUUGCAAAGUGUGCAUAGACAAGUGCAUGCGUAGGGGCACCAAUGAAUGCCCUACAUGUCGUACACAUUUUCCUAGCCGACGUGCACUGAGAGAUGAUCCAAACUAUGAUGCUUUGAUUGCAGCUAUUUACCCAAAUAUCGACAAGGUUGAGAAAGAGGAAGAAGCUUUGCUCGAAGAAGAGUUUUCUCAACUUAAGAAGGUUCCUAGAAAGUUUUAAGUGCAUUGUAUGCUUUGGGAUCGAUAUGGUGGUUGAUUUUGUGUAACUUAAAUAUCCUAUAUAUAGUACAAUAUAUAUUAUUCAAGAUAUUAGUACAAAUUAAAUUUGAUGUAUCAACCUGGAUGUUAAUUAUAUAUUGUCAUUGGUUUGCAACAAUCACACAAGAAUACUCUUGUGCGGUAGACAAAACUUUGUUAUGUUUUGAAAUUUUGAUAUUAAUAUCUCAAAUUAGUAGAAUUGAUAUUUCUUCUUUGAUCUCCGAGUAAUGCAUGUAUGUGGUUCAAGUUCAAGUUCUAUAAUGGGUUUAGGUUCAAUAUUAAAGACUAAGGGAUGUGUGGAAUGAUAUGUGCAAUGAAAAGUUUGAUUAGUAUCAUGGUAAAAUAUAAUC